UUCACACACUGAGGCUGCACCAUACCUUUGCAAAUGCAGAGCCUGUGUUUUUCAGAGAGCCUUGGAGUGAUGCCAGCCUUCUAUUCCGCUGUCCUCUAUGUUCUGCUGGCUGUAGGAUGCUGGAGAGAUGAAGCUGCAGGACUGGGCUGUCACCUGCAUUCUUUCAAUGUGACCAUUAAGAGUGACCGCCGAGGCAGCUGCCGGGGCACCCAAGUGGUCCAAGCCUGCGUGGGCUACUGCGAAUCAAGCGCCUUCCCCUCCAAAUACUCCGUCCUCCUGGCCAGCAACUUCAAGCAUAACAUCACUUCCGUGUCCCAGUGCUGUACCAUCACUAAGAUGCAAAAGAUUAAGGUGCGACUGCAUUGUGGAACCAGCUGGCGUGAGUCUAUGGAACUCUUCACAGCUAAGACAUGUCAGUGUGACAUGUGUCGUCUCUCCAGAUACUAGAGGGAGGAGCAAGAA